GGUCCGGGUCCCACUCCCGGCCGGGGGCGCCGUGCGCGGGCGGCGCCGGGAGCCGGGGCGGCUUCGCGGGCGCAGGUCUCGCUCAUCAGCACGUCGUUCGUGCUCAAGGGGGACGCGACGCACAACCAGGCGAUGGUGCACUGGACCGGCGAGAACAGCAGUGUCAUCUUGAUCCUGACCAAGUACUACCACGCAGACAUGGGGAAGGUUCUGGAGAGUUCUCUCUGGCGGUCAUCAGAUUUUGGGACGACCUACACGAAGCUCACGCUGCAGCCUGGUGUCACCACCGUCAUCGACAACUUCUACAUCUGCCCGACCAACAAGCGGAAGAUCAUCCUGGUGAGCUCUUCGCUCAGUGACCGCGACCAGAGUCUCUUCCUCAGCACCGACGAAGGGGCCACCUUCCAGAAGCAGCUCAUUUCCUUCUUUGUGGAGACACUCACUUUCCACCCCAAGGAGGAGGACAAGGUGCUUGCCUACACCAAGGAGAACAAGCUCUAUGUGUCAUCUGACCUGGGGAAGAAGUGGACGCUGCUCCAUGAGCAAGUGACCAAGGACCACGUGUUCUGGGCGGUGGCUGGAGUGGACAGAGAUGCUGACCUGAUCCACAUGGAAGCCCAAGAUCCUGGUGGAGGUUUCCGCUACAUCACUUGCCAGAUCCACAACUGCUCCGAGAAGACGCCAGUCACACCGUUCACGGGCACCAUUGACCAGGGCUCCCUGACCGUGCAAGACGACUAUGGCUUCUUCAAGGUGACCGCAGGUAACCGGAGCAAGUACUACGUCUCCUAUCGUCGAAAUGCGUUUGUCCUGAUGAAGCUCCCCAAGUAUGCACUGCCCAAGGACCUGCAGGUCAUCAGCACGGACGAGAACCAGGUGUUCGUGGCGGUUCAGGAGUGGCAUCAGGUGGACACGUACAACCUGUAUCUGUCAGACCCGCGUGGUGACCGCUACUCACUGGUGUUGGAGCACGUGCGCAGUUCCCGGCAGGCUGAGGAGAGCGUGCUGGUCGACAUCCUCGAGGUCCGGGGGGUGAAAGGCGUCUUCCUGGCGAACCAAAAACUCGACGGGAAGGUGAUGACACUAAUUACAUACAACAAGGGCCGAGACUGGGGCCACCUGAGGCCACCCAGCAUGGACAUGAAUGGGAAGCCCACCAACUGCAAGCCGCCGGAUUGCUACCUCCACCUGCACCUGCGAUGGGCAGACAAUCCCUAUGUGUCAGGCACUGUACACACCAAGGACACCGCCCCGGGCCUCAUCAUGGGUGCAGGUAACCUGGGCUCACAGUUGGUGGAGUAUAAAGAAGAAAUGUACAUCACUUCGGACUGCGGGCGCACCUGGCGGCAGGUGUUUGAGGAAGAACACCAUGUUUUGUACCUGGACCAUGGUGGGGUCAUUGUGGCUGUCAAGGACACCUCCAUUCCUCUGAAGGUCCUCAAGUUCAGUGUGGACGAGGGCAUCACAUGGAGCACCCACAACUUCACCAGCACCUCGGUGUUCGUGGACGGGCUGCUGAGUGAGCCAGGAGACGAGACACUCGUCAUGACGGUCUUUGGCCACAUCAGUUUCCGCUCUGACUGGGAACUGGUCAAGGUGGACUUCCGGCCCUCAUUUCCCCGGCCAUGCAUCGAGGACGACUAUGAUUCCUGGGAACUCUCCGACCUGCAGGGUGACCGCUGCAUCAUGGGCCAGCAGAGAAGUUUCCGGAAGAGAAAGCCCACAUCCUGGUGCAUCAAGGGGAGGAGUUUCACGUCGGCACUUAGAUCCCACACCUGCGAGUGUAGGGACUCCGACUUCCUCUGUGACUACGGGUUUGAGCGUGCCCUGUCCUCGGAGCCCGAUGCCAGCAAGUGCUUGGCCAACUUCUGGUUUGAUCCUGCGUCCCCUCCAGACGACUGUGCUGUGGGCCAGACCUACAUCAGCAGCCCCGGGUACCGCAAGGUGGCGUCCAAUGUGUGCAAAGGCGGCGUGGACCUGCAGCGGGGGGCAGGGUCGCUCCAGUGCCCUCUCAUGCCGCCCCGGGGCCUGCGGGUCAGCAUCCAAGGAGAGGCAGUGGCUGUGCGGCCGGGAGAGGAUGUCCUGUUUGUGGUGCGGCAGGAGCAGGGUGAUGUCCUGACCACUAAGUACCAGGUGGACCUUGGAGACGGCUUCAAGGUCAUGUACGUGAACCUCACGCUGACCGGGGAGCCUGUCCGGCACCGCUAUGCGAGCCCUGGUGUCUACCGCGUGUCUGUCCGUGCAGAGAACAUGGCGGGGCAAGAUGAGGCGGUGCUCUUUGUCCAGGUUAACUCCCCCCUGCAGGCCCUGUACCUGGAAGUGGUCCCUGUCAUUGGCAUCAACCAGGAAGUGAACCUCACAGCAGUGUUGCUGCCCCUGAACCCCAACCUCACUGUCUUCUACUGGUGGAUCGGUCACAGCCUGCAGCCUUUGCUGUCCCUGGAGAACUCGGUGAGCACGCGGUUUGCGGAUGCAGGGGACGUGCGGGUGACCGUGCAGGCGACCUGUGGGAGCUCGGUGCUGCAGGACUCCAAGGUCAUCCGAGUGCUGGAUCAGUUUCAGAUUGUGCCUCUGCAGUUUUCCAAGGACUUGGAUGCUUACAACCCCAAUGUUCCUGAAUGGAGGGCAGACGUCGGCCUAGGGGUCACCCGACUCCUCUCUAAGGAGACCAGUGUCCCCGAGGAGCUGCUGGUGACCGUGGUGAAGCCAGGGCUGCCCACUGUGGCUGACCUGUAUGUGCUCCUGCCCCCUCCCCGGCCCACCAAGAAGAGGAGUCUAGGAAAUGACAAGAGGACCCUGGCCAUCCAGCAGGUGCUGAAAGAACGGAGGGUCAGCUUCUUCCUGCGCGGUGGGGUCCGCAUCCUGGUGGCCCUUCGGGACGUGGACAAAGGCUCCCAGCGGCUGGGCGGUGGCGGCGGCUAUUGGGCAGUGGUGGUCCUCUUUGUCGUGGGACUGUUCGCCGUGGGAGCAUUCAUCCUCUACAAGUUCAAAAGGAAACGGCCUGGCCGGACGGUGUAUGCACAGAUGCACAAUGAGAAAGAACAGGAGAUGACAAGCCCCGUGAGCCACAGCGAGGACACACAGAGCACCAUCCAGGGCAACCACUCGGGCGUGGUCCUGAGUGUCAACUCACGGGAGAUGCACAGCUAUGUGGUGAGCUGA